AUGUCACAGUUAGAGGAGUUGGAAACUCUAACAGUGUUAUAUGAGACCGAAAUAUUCCAAUUUUCCAAGGACACUGCUUCGUCCCUAAUCACAGGCUGGUACCGUGCCCAUCCAAAGCUGCCUGAAAACAGUCCUACCUUGGAGUUAAAGAUUCGCGACUCCAAUCAGACCAGAAAG